UGCUCGGUGGAGUGUGGUCUCCAUGGCAACGGCGUGGAGGAUCCGCCUCCCAGGAGGCCGAACAUCUCCAUGGUGUCGUCGGACAUGGGCCUGGUCAGCAUGGUGCGCCAGGGCAUCCUGGCCCUGCAGCUGCUGCCUCCCAACUCCAGCGCCGGCAUCAUCAUCAUCACGGACGGCGUGAUGAGCGUCCCCGAUGUCGUCGUGUGUGAGACGCUGCUGAACCAGCUGAGGAGCGGGACCAUCACAUGCUCCUUUGUGCAGGUGGGCGGGCCGUACUCGUACGACUGCAGCUUCGGCUACAUCCCCAACGUGGAACUGAUGAAGUUCAUCUCGGUGGCCACCUUCGGGUCCUACCUGCCCAGCUGUCCUCCGCUGGACCUGGACAGCCACAACAUGAACGCCUACCACAAGGCCUUCCUCACCUAUUCCUUCCUCAAGACCCCCGAAGCCAUCAACUCGGACAUCUUAAGCGUGUCUCAGCACAAACUGUUCAACGAGCACCUGGUGUCGGCCAGCGGAAACCCGGCACUGGCGAUGCGCAGGAAGAAGCACACGGAAAAGGACGUGCACGCUCACCUAAUCAGCGUGGUGUCUGUCAGGCUCAGGGAGGGCUACACCAUCCGGGAAAUCAGCCUCACCAAAG